GAGGUUCUAACACGUUCACGAAAUAACGAGUUGAUUAACGAUUCCAGUUUCGAGAAUAGUUCAUCCGGCGGAGGGGAGGGCAAUCAACGAGGAUCAAUGGCGGUCGAUAUUUUAGACGAGGACCACUUUGCGGUGAGCGCGAUCGUCACCGUCGGCAUGCAAAUCAUUUUCUUCACAAUCGCGGCGACCUUCCAGCUGGACAAACUGACGGAUUUCGCCGGCGGCACGAACUUCAUCAUCCUCGCCCUUCUAACGUUCUUUCUCGGCCAAGUGGGCAAGACGUACGACAGCAGGCAGCUGAUGGUCACCAUAUUCGUCUGCUUGUGGGGUGUCCGUUUGUCCGGUUAUCUGCUGUACCGAAUCAUUAAGAUUGGCCGCGACAAGAGGUUCGAAGACCGUCGCAGUAACGUGAUCCGCUUCGCUGUAUUCUGGACGUUCCAGGCUGUAUGGGUGUACAUUGUGAGUCUACCGGUGAUCAUUAUCAAUUCACCGCGGCACAAAAUUCCCCCUGCUCCCAAAACCAUGACGUCCUUAGACAGCGCGGGCACAGGUUUGUUUGUGACUGGUUUGUUAGUGGAGACUUACGCGGACCUACAAAAAUUCUCCUUCAAGCAGGACCCGGUGAACAAUGGCAAAUGGUGUAACGACGGUCUAUGGCGCAUGUCCAGGCAUCCAAACUACUUUGGAGAGAUAGUGGUGUGGUGGGGCAUCUUUGUGAUAUCGUUGAAUGUGAUCGAGGGCGCGGAAUGGGUCGCCAUAGCUUCCCCGAUUUUCACUACGUUCAUUAUUCUAUUCCUGUCGGGAAUGCCCUUGUUAGAGAGGGCUUCCGACGAAAGAUAUCGCGAUAACGCCGAGUACCGUUAUUACAAGCAGUCGACAUCCCCGCUGAUACCGAUACCGCCAUCGAUCUACGUGGAGGUGCCACAUUUCCUGAAAUUCCUUUUCUGUUGCGAAUUUCCGCUGUACGAUUCAUUGGACGUGAAGCCACGAGCGGCCGUGACCGAGUCAACGUCGAUAAGCCUCGCGGCGUCCACGUAGCUAUAGCCACACGCCGGGCAUCCUAACCCCGAGUCCGGCGUGCAUUCGAGUGCCAUGGCUACAGCCAGCACAGCCUUUUAAACAGGUUGCUUCAGUUCCUUGUGUUUCAAAUCUGAGAUCGUUCUAUCGAAUUCUAUCCAAUUAAUUGUCGUUCGCUUCACCCUCUCGGUGUUAAGAAUCAAAUGUUCGUCAUCCUGCGCGAGGAUGAAACGUUAUACUUGUGUUUGUCAAGGAUUUGUGGAACGUUGACGAGGCACUCGUGCGAGAUGCAUUAGAUUGAAGAUUGAACAGAAUUAAUGAAUCUGUAUCGUGAAAAGUAUUUGCUUGAUCUUGUAGAGCAAACAUGAAGUUUCAGCUCUAAUUGAAUUCUGAUAUGUGAAAAAUGUCGGUUCAUAUGGUCGUUCGUUUUGGAUAUAGAUUUUUGUUUGAUGUACACUGAACCGUUAUUUAUUAUUAGAUCGAUGAAUUUGAGGAUUGUCAGCGAUUAUUGUUUCGAAGCAAUAGAGAGUCGACGAACAAAAGGCGUAUAAGAAACUGAGAAUAAUUGAUCAAUGGAAAUUCGAAUUGUAAUUACACUACCUCGGGUAUGAUGUUCUCGGACUGGAAACGAGUUCAUCAUAAUAUUUAGACGAAUAGUAAAUAAAAAAUGCCGAAGUAAAUGUGCGAUAUUUUUAGAAUCUAAAAAGCUCUAUAGUUUGCACUAAGACCUUAAAGAGAUAAUUCUAUAUUUUUGUUCGUAUUAUUAAAUGAUAUUUUUAUGUGUAGGAUACGAGGUUCAGUUUCAAGGAAAGUAAAGCGAUUUAGAGAGUAUUCAGCGAUUCGUUAGUAAUUCAUAAUUGAAAAUAUUUUGUGACCAGUAGGGACCAUAUACUGUAGAUACAGUGUACUAGUUGCUACUUUUACACACCUUCAAGUCUGCCUUUCAGUCUGAUUUCUCAGAAGCAACUGAUCAGCAUGUUAAGAGGAGAUAUAUACUAAACUACUUUAAAGGGAAGAAGUAUUAGUCUGUCGGUGGGAACUUAAUUUUCACUCUUAUGUUGCUUACGACACUCGGAUCUAAAGUUAUUGGAACAAAAUUAAGUGUUACUUCUAAAUAAGGUAAACGAAGAUGUAGAGAAAACUAUGUAUAGAGUGUAAAUUUGCUGUACAGCCAGAGCUGGAUAUAAUAUUUUUCAAAGUACAUUAAACGGGGGAGUUGUUUAAAUGAUCUCCUAAUAUUUAAUAUUCAAACGUUUCUUAGUUUCCAUAGACUGAGCGAGAAACUGCACAUUUUAUCUGUUUUUAUCGAGCCCUCUCUCUUACGUAUAAAUAUCGAAACCAAUUAAGCGUUAAAUUAUAGCAAUAUACGACAUAUCCCAGUGCAGAGUAGAUCGUCGUAAAACAAAAAUUUCAGCACUAAUUAAUAAACGAAACAACCAAAAAAAUAAAAACAAAGUAUUAUAAGCUGUAUUCUUUCGUGUUAAACGCAACAAGAGUUCUUAAUUUUUUAUGACAAAGAUCUCCAAGUAUUAAAAAACGGUUAUUGAGUUCGAAAGUUUUAGAAAGGGUACAGCUAUAGAUAAAAAAGUACGCCAAAUUAGAAAUAAAAUGUUAUAUUACGAACGAUCCUCGCGGGUCGUUUCAAAUGUUUAUUGUUAUGUAAAUCUCCAGAUUUUAGAUAAUAAAUGACAGUUGGUCCAACCAUUGUUUUCUUAUU